AUGCCAUUCGCUACCUUCUCCAUCCUCUCCCCCUUCUUCUCCUUCCGCCAGCGUCACCAAGAAGAGCAACAAACCUCGACCUCGACCUCGGCCUCAACCUCAACCUCAACCUCAACCACCGCCGCAUCCCCCUCCCCCGCAUCCUCCCCACCACCCUCCCGCCAAUCGACAAUCUCCUCCUCCUCCUCACUCUCCUCGACCUUCUUCUCAGACGCCGAAAAGAGCGACGUCUACAACCACCACCGCUACCACCACUACCGCGAGGACGAGGAGUGGGAAAUGGGCACCAUCACCGCCCGCAAAGCUCGCGUCCUGCUGCCGCCUUCUUCCCUCGACGCCGUCCGCCGCCAGGCGGCGCUCCGGAGGAGCAGGGGCUCGACGGCCGAGAAGAAGCGGGGAAUUGACAACGGGGACCGGGACGGGGAGGAGGAGAAGAAGGAGGAGGGGGAGAAAGAAGCCGCGAGGCUUUGGAGGGAAUGGUGGAUUUGA